AUGGACGUUCACCAGGUUACAUCGAAUGCCGUGCAUGAUGGCCCGGACGAAGUAACUCCAGCCGACGAUUUCACACAACAAUACGACUACGACGGAAAAGACAAUGGUCUGGAAAAGCAAGCCACCGCAGUAUCCACGGCCUCCUACCAAGAGACGUAUCCAGAAGGAGGACUCCAAGCAUGGCUGGUCGUGAUUGGCUCAUGGUUCUCUCUGCUAUCGUCGCUCGGCCUGAUGAACACCAUCGCACUCUUUCAAGCUUACGUCCUCACUCAUCAACUCAAAGACUACAAUGAAGGGACAGUUGGGUGGAUUUUCUCUAUAUACACCUUUCUGGCAUUCUUCUGCGGCGUUUUCAUCGGCCCCGUUUUCGACAAAUAUGGCCCUCGAUGGCUCGUGGUUGCUGGCUCAGUUCUCACCGUGAUAGGUGUUCUCACUAUGAGCUGGUCUACGGAACUUUGGCAUUUCAUUCUCUCCUUCGGUGUGGUAGCCGGGAUUGGAACCUCGCUGCUUUUCACACCGGGCAUUGCCUCUGUGGGCCACUGGUUCAAGGCGAGGCGCGGGUUCGCAACCGGUAUUGCAUCGACAGGCGGAGGUAUUGGCGGUAUUGUCUUCCCUUUAAUGCAGACGUCGCUCUUUGAGAAAAUCGGCUACGGCUGGACGGUUCGUGUUCUGAGUCUCAUCUGCCUUGUCUGUUGCUUGGUUGGCAUCGUUCUCGUCCGCAGCCGUCUCCCGCCCGCAAAGAACGCGAGCGCAUGGCCCGAUUUCCGUAUCUUCCGGAACAUUCCAUUUCUCCUCACUACCAUUGGCAUUUUCCUUCUAGAGUUUUCUCUCUUCAUUCCGCUAUCCUACAUCUCGACUUAUGCCGUUCACGAAGGUUUCAGCCAAGAAUUUGCAUACCAAUUAUUGCCCAUCAUGAAUGCGGGGUCCUUCUUUGGGAGAAUUCUUCCCGGGUACUACUCUGAUGCGGUAGGUGCCUUCAACACCUGCAUGUUCUCUGUUGUCUUGAGUUUCGUGUCCUGCCUGUGUGUAUGGCUUCCCUCCGGCCACACCACUGCCGGCAUCAUCAUCUUCUCUGUUCUCUUUGGCUUCGGUUCGGGAACCAGCAUCGCCAUCGCUCCCGUGUGUAUCGGCCGACUGUGCAAGACGCAAGAGUACGGGCGAUAUUACGCGACUGCAUACACCAUUGUAUCUUUUGCCUGCUUGAUUGGCAUUCCCAUCGGCGGAAAUAUCAUUCAAGCCAACGGCGGAUCUUACCAUGGACUCAUCAUCUGCACCAGUGCAAUUUAUAUUGCAUCGUUUAUCUCUCUGCUGGCUGCGAAAGGUACGAGUUUAGGCUGGAGCAAAUGGCUGGCGAUUUAUUAA